UUAGAAGAAAAAAGUUUCCUAUUUUGUGACCGAUCCCCAAGAUGUCAUAGCCUGGUCUGUAUAUGCUUCCGCCUUCUCCCCAGACUACUCCCCAGCCAGAGUUACCUUCUCCCCAGACUACUCCCCAGCCAGAGUUACCUUCUCCCCAGACUACUCCCCAGCCAGAGUUACCUUCUCCCCAGACUACUCCCCAGCCAGUUACCUUCUCCCCAGACUACUCCCCAGCCAGUUACCUUCUCCCCAGACUACUCCCCAGCCAGAGUUACCUUCUCCCCAGACUACUCCCCAGCCAGAGUUAGCUUCUCCCCAGACUACUCCCCAGCCAGAGUUACCUUCUCCCCAGACUACUCCCCAGCCAGAGUUACCUUAUCCCCAGCCAGAGUUACCUUCUCCCCAGACUACUCCCCAGCCAGAGUUACCUUCACCCCAGACUACUCCCCAGCCAGAGUUACCUUCUCCCCAGACUACUACCCUGCCAGAGUUACCUUAUCCCCAGCCAGUUACCUUCUCCCCAGACUACUCCCCAGCCAGAGUUACCUUCUCCCCAGACUACUCCCCAGCCAGAGUUACCUUCUCCCCAGACUACUCCCCAGCCAGUUACCUUCUCCCCAGACUACUCCCCAGCCAGAGUUACCUUCUCCCCAGACUACUCCCCAGCCAGAGUUACCUUCUCCCCAGACUACUACCCAGCCAGAGUUACCUUCUCCCCAGACUACUCCCCAGCCAGAGUUACCUUCUCCCCAGCCAGAGUUACCUUCUCCCCAGCCAGAGUUACCAUCUCCCCAGACUACUACCCUGCCAGAGUUACCUUCUCCCCAGCCAGAGUUACCUUCUCCCCAGACUACUCCCCAGCCAGAGUUACCUUCUCCCCAGACUACUCCCCAGCCAGAGUUACCUUCUCCCCAGACUACUCCCCAGCCAGAGUUACCAUCUCCCCAGACUACUACCCAGCCAGAGUUAGCUUCUCCCCAGCGAGUUACCUUCACCCCAGAUUACUCCCCAGCCAGAGUUACCUUCUCCCCAGACUACUCCCCAGCCAGUUACCUUCUCCCCAGACUACUCCCCAGCCAGAGUUACCUUCUCCCCAGACUACUCCCCAUCCAGAGUUACCUUCUCCCCAGACUACUCCCCAGCCAGAGUUACCAUCUCCACAGACUACUACCCAGCCAGAGUUAGCUUCUCCCCAGCGAGUUACCUUCACCCCAGAUUACUCCUCAGCAAGAGUUACCUUCACCGCAGAUUACUCCUCAGCAAGAGUUACCUUCAUCCCAGACUACUCCUCAGCAAGAGUUACCUUCACCCCAGACUACUCCUCAGCCAGAGUUACCUUCACCCCAGACUAUUCCUCAACUAGAUGUACCUAGAGAUUACUCCUCAGCCAGUCAGAGUUGACAAAAGCACAUACAGAUGUGAGGCCAGGCUAAAGCGUUCAUGCCAGUGCAUGCAGUAACAUUGAAACUAGUAGAGCAAUCCUGCUACCUGCUGGGCUAAUGCUACCUACCCACUGCUAUGUGAUCCAGUUUCACCAUG